AUGUUGAAAUCAACUGGUAACUCCCUUCUUAAGAGGUCGAUCAGAAAGUUUUCUGAGCAAUCAUUCAAAUUGCCUUUCAUUCCAUUGACUGCUCAAAAUGGCUUCGCAGACGCAAUCGGAAAUACCCCAUUGAUUAGGUUACCACAAAUUUCUAAAGAAUGUGGAAGAAAUAUUUAUGCCAAAGCAGAAUUUAUGAAUCCAGGUGGCUCUAUUAAGGACAGAGCAGCAUUAUAUGUUGUAAAAGAUGCGGAAGAGAAGGGCUUAAUCCAGCCUGGAGGAACUGUUGUAGAAGGUACUGCAGGUAACACCGGAAUUGGGUUGGCUCAUGUAUGCAGGUCGAGAGGGUAUAAGUGUGUAAUCUACAUGCCGAACACCCAAGCUCAGCUGAAGAUAGAUACAUUGAGAUUAUUGGGAGCUGAAGUUCACCCCGUGCCAGCGGUAGCAUUCACCGAUCCUCAAAAUUAUAACCAUCAAGCUAAAAGGCACGCCGAACUGUUGGAAAAUGCAGUUUGGACCAACCAGUUUGACAAUGUCGCAAACAGACAGGCCCAUAUUGAAACGACUGGACCGGAAAUUUGGGCCCAAUUGGAUGGAAAAGUUGACGCCUUCACUUGUUCAACAGGUACUGGUGGAACAUUUGCUGGAACAUCGAGAUAUUUACAUGAUAUUUCCAACGGAAAGGUGAAAUCUGUCUUAGCGGAUCCUCCAGGCUCGGUGUUGUAUUCCUAUAUCAAAUCUAACGGGAAGGAUUUGGUCAGAGGAGGCUCCUCAUUUACCGAAGGUAUUGGGCAAGGUAGAGUAACCGACAAUUUGGCGCCAGACUUGGAUAUAAUUGACGAUGCCUUGAAGAUUCCUGACCUGGCGUCCAUUGAAAUGUUGUAUAAGUUGUUAGACGUCGAGGGGAUUUAUGUGGGUGGUACUGGAGCUUUAAAUGUGGUUGCUGCUGUAGAGGUUGCCAAGACUUUACCUGAAGGAUCCAAUGUUGUGACGAUCUUGGCCGACUCUGCACACAAGUACAGCGACAGGAUCUUCUCUAAGAAGUGGUUAAAGUCCAAGGAAUUGUAUGAUGCUAUUCCUGAACAUCUUAAGAAGUAUGCCAUCUUGGAUUGA